UUAAUUUCUUUUCACCUGAAACAGGAAAUCAGUGCAGCUAAUUAUUUAACUCUCCAAGCCUCACACUUCGGAACAGACAAGAUCACCCAUAUCAACAUACCUGGAUGGAAAUCAGAUGGCAAUGGCAGCAAGACGUGCAAUGUGUUCCUAAAAGUAGAAGAUGUGAACUGCAUUAAUUUACACUGGAUUAAUGGUUUGCUGAAAUAUAUCCACGCUGUAAGCAAUGUCCGUGCUGUUGGUGCUGAGAUAGCUUAUUGUAUUGAUGUUCUUGUGAAAAAAUUUGGAUAUUCCCCUUCUAAAGUGCACUUGAUUGCGCAGCUUGGGGCUCAUCUGGCUGGGGAAGCCGGGUCAAGGACGCCAGGCCUUGGAAGGAUAACUGGGUUGGACCCAACUGGGCCAGGUUUCCACAGCACUCUAAAUGAAGUCAGGCUGGACCCCUCAGAUGCCAACUCUGUUGAUGUUAUUCAUACAAAGGAAGUUCGCUUCCUCUUCGAGCUUGGUGUUGGAACUAUUAAUGCUUGUGGCCACCUUGACUUUUACCCAAAUGGAGGGAAGCACAUGCCAAGAUGUGAAGAUUUAAUUACACCUUUAUUUAAAUUUGAUGUCAAUAUUUACAAGGAAGAGAUGUUUUCCUUCUCUGAUUGCAACCAUGCCCGAAGUCAUCGCUUUUAUGCUGAAAGCAUUCUCAAUCCCGAUGCAUUUAUUGCUUAUCCUUGUAGAUCCUACAAAUCUUUCAAAGCAGGAAAUUGCUUCCGUUGUCACAAGGAAGGUUGCCCAAUUAUGGGUCAUUUUGCUGAUAGAUUUCACUUCAAAAAAAUGAAGGCUAAUAGAUCGUAUUAUGUUUUAAACACAGGGACUCUUUCCCCAUUUUCCCGUUGGAGGCACAAAGUGUCUGUCAAACUUGAUGGAAACAAUGUCACUCAAGGAAGCAUGUUUCUCCAUGUAGGUGGAACAACAGAGAAGACAGGGGAGUUUGGGGUUGUCAGUGGAACACUGAAGCCAGGCAUGACUUAUACAAAUUUAAUUGAUGCAGACAUUAACAUUGGAAACAUUGCAAGUAUUGAGUUCAUUUGGAAGGAGCUUUCAUUUGAACAUUCUCAGAAUAAGCUGGGAGCAGAAAUGGUGAUAGAUAUAUCUGGAAAAUAUGGAUAUGAAUCUGCCUUCUGUAGCUAGAACUUUGUAGGACCUAAUAUUGCCCAGAUCCUGAAACCAUGCUAA